CACGCGCCGUCUUGAGUGUAAGUAGUCAGGAGUACUACUCACGACUCGAGCCCCUCGACUUGACCACCACCUCUCACGCCACAUCGGCGGAUGGCGAUCCAAGGAUGAAUGGCGCAUCAAAGUCAGACUCCAAGGCCCUGCCUGGCAGCUCUGGCACAAGCCGGCACGCGCACAAGCUUUGCGAGCACUCGCAGCUUCCUGAAUGGGCACACGACAAUGCCUUCAUCAUUGGCGGCUAUCGCAGACCAGGCGGAACAAACGAUGAAGCGCAGAUCAUCCAUGCCUCAAUCACAUCGGCUGAACAGACGGCGGAAGUCCCUGGCCUUCGCAAACGCGUCAAAGGCAGCAGCAACCAGGCCGAAGGCGAUUUGCCGAUAGAGGCCUCCGCGCAAAGGCCAAGACUUUUUGAGCACAACUCAGUCAAGGCGUGUUGGGAUAGCGUUUGGCUUUACUGGCACAACGAGACAGGUGAGAGGCGUGCGGCGCAGCACAGCACUCGUUGCGAGCCGCGGAGCGUGUUCUCUCGGACGCGAAGCUCACUCAAUUCAAGUCCAUCCCGUCGCCCUCUUCAAGUCAACAUUCACACGCAUCUCUGGGGCUGCAUAGUCGCCAUCGCUCUGCUCGCUCUCCACUUCCUCGCAC